CAACGUCAUGAAUCUGAGUGUUUCUUUCGUAAUAGCACAUCGUGCCCCCAUUGGUUAAAACUAUAGGUGUGUCUGGAGGUGUGCGUGUGCGCUAGUGUCACUGGAGCGUCACAUCCGCCAGCGCAAACGGUUCGGUUCACCACGGACGCGCCACUUGGCGAUACCAGGCUGCAGUUGGGCAAAGGAGCGUGCACGAACCGGUGCGGACCAGUGAGGGAUUGGACCUACACCGUGCUGCAGCCGACAGACAUGAUCCAGCGGCAGCCCAGCAUGGUAGAUGCGGAUUGGUGAACUCGCUUUGAGUCUCAUGAGGAAUUCCAUCCUUGGCAUGGUCCGCCAGCAUGGUAGACAUGCCGAGUCCAUACAGUCCGUCCUCUCCUAUUGGAGACUCGGCCCUGGGAAGUCCCCUGUAUGGAGACCUCCUCUGCGGCAUGGAGGACCUGGACGAUCUCUCUCCGUCCAUUGAGAAUGACACGUUCAACAACCUGGAUCUCCACGAGCAGAAGUCUUCAAGCACAGGGUCUGAGUGUUCCACUGCACUAGAUAUUUUAACACCAGCGUCCAGUCCGUCCUCUGCAGUGUGUGACGGCGUGACAGGAAAUGAGGUGUCGUCCAGUCCUCUGAGUCUGGAGUGUCGCGUCUGUGCUGACCGCGCGUCAGGAUUCCAUUAUGGGGUGCACGCAUGCGAGGGAUGCAAGGGCUUCUUCAGAAGAACCAUACGCCUUAAGCUGGAGUAUGACAAGUGCGAGCGGAACUGCAAGAUCCAAAAGAAGAACCGCAACAAGUGCCAGUACUGCCGAUUCAACAAGUGCCUCUCCGUGGGCAUGUCCCAUAACGCAAUCCGUUUCGGGCGGAUGCCUCAGUCGGAGAAGUUGAAAUUGAAAGCUGAGCUGGAGACGGUGGAGAAACAGCCGGCGGAGCCUCAGCUGGCCGACAUGAAGGCUCUGGUGCGGCAGAUAUACGAGGCCUACCUCAAGUGCUUCUCCAUGAGUAAGGCCAAAGCCAGAGUCUUCCUCACUGGCAAGAGCAGCACACCGCCUUUCGUCAUCCACGACAUCGAGACACUACAGCUGGCUGAGAAGACGCUGCUGCUGCAGCUGUUCAGCGGCGAGGCGGUCAGCCACCUGCUGCGCGAGGCCGAGGGACGCCUCUUCCACUGCUGCCAGUGCACCUCCGUGGAGACUGUCACCAAGCUCACAGAGUUCGCCAAGGCCGUGCCGGGCUUCCAGGAGCUGCACCUCAAUGACCAGGUGACACUGCUGAAGUACGGGGUGCAUGAGUCCCUGUUCGCCCUGCUCUCCUCCUGCAUGAACAAGGACGGGCUGCUGGUGGCCCAAGGCCGCGGCUUCAUCACGCGUGAGUUCCUCAAGAGUCUGCGGCGGCCCUUUAGCGACAUGAUGGAGCCCAAGUUCCAGUUCGCCAUGCGCUUCAACGCCCUGGAGCUGGACGACACCGACCUGGCGCUGUUUGUGGCCGCCAUCAUCUGUUGUGGAGACAGGCCUGGCCUGACCAACGUCUCCCACAUCGAGGGCAUGCAGAGCGACAUCAUUCACGCUCUACAGCUCCACCUGGUGGCCAGUCGCCCUGACGACACCUUCCUCUUCCCCAAGCUGCUGCAGAAGCUGGCGGACCUGCGGCAACUGGUGACGGAGCACGCCUUCCUAGUGGAGGAGAUCAAGAAGAUCGAAGACGCCUCGCUGCACCCGCUGCUCCAGGAGAUUUACAAAGACAUGUACUAAGGGGAAGGGAGAACAAUUGAGGUGUGUGUGUGUGUGUGUGUGUGUGUGUGUGUGUGUGUGUGUGUGUGUGUGUGUGUGUGUGUGUGUGUGUGCGUGACGCACGUCCGUGCGUGUUUCCGUGUGUAUUGGGAUGGUCUGUUGUGAAUAAGGACGAUUUUAAGGGCCUAUCAUUGACAGGGGGUCCUUUUGAGGACAAAAAUCAAAACGUAAUAAGGGGGCCAAAAAUGUAUUCUUUCACACAGUGCAAAAUGUAUGCCAGCAAGACCCUGACUACAUAUAUGGGAUUGGAUGAGGAAUACGGUUGCAAAGGAUGUCCCCAAACUCACGUCCUGUCCUCUGUCCUCUGUUCUACGACCGCGUGCCACAUAGUCGACCAGGGUAAAGUUAGUUUUACAUUGGACCUUCAAAGUACAUACAUGAUAUAUUUGAGGAAAGCCUCGUUGUCAAACCAUCUCCACAAAAUAUCCUCUUGUGCCACAAGGUUUAUUUCAGUUAUUCCAUGUUUGGAAUGUAAUUUAAAUGUUCAAGGAAUGUCCAAUAUAAAACUCACUGAUGUCAUUCACUUUUGUAUGCAUAUGGAUACUGUACGUCUGAUUCAGCUACCAGUGGGAAGUAACAUUGUGAAUGUUCCUUGUAUUGUGGACCCAGGUUAAAUUUCUACAGGUAAAGCAAAGAAAACUGGCUUUUUCAAGAAAUGCACUAAACAUGACAUGGCAGUAGCAAACAGGUUGUAAGAUCAAGGAAAAUAACAUUUCACUGUGAACAAAUAUUAGAUAUAGUAAACCGUUUAGAAAUAGAAAGAUGAAAGAAAUGUUUUUGUGUUUAACACUGAGCUUUAGCCAAUAACAUGUCCACCUUUCACCUAGUAUUACCUCACUUUCUUGACCUAACUAUAACUAUCUGUAAGAUUGGGCAGCUGUUUUAUCACUCCAAAAAGACACAUUGAUCAGGCAUUUUUUUUCUAUGUCUGUAGAUGAAUGAAAUGGAAGCUGGCUUUUGAUAUUAAAAUUGACACCUUCUUGGUAACUGUCUUGACUGUUAUCUAGGUUAGAUGUAUGUAGCAUGUAUCAUGAUGAUCAUCACUAAUCCGAUGACUAUAGAGAUUGUCAUACUUUCAAGGAUUUUGUAGCUUGCUCCUUACCCCUACCCGAUUUGAAAUCAUGCAGAAGUCACUCCAAGCAAUGCCUACAUGAUUGUUGUGUAAAAUAUUAUAUUGUAGUUUGCAGACACUUUAUAUUAUUUCCUAUUUGAAGACAAUCGGAAUUAGCAGUAAGUCAAGUAGAACCCAAGUCAUGUAUACGCUUUAUGUGCUCAAAAUCUCCUGCCAUUGGAAAUUAGCUACAUACUGUAUAUGAAAGACGGCAAAACAAGUGAAGCCAAAAUUAGUCUGAAGUUCCAUGAUACUGAUUCCAUGAACUAAUGUUUGUGUAUGUCAGUCCAUGGCAUUCAUUCACCGGGGGAAAUGUAAUGUACAUAAAGUUCUAACAAUAUAUAUUUGGAUUUUUUUAUUAACAAUUUUAUACUUUUAUCAGGGAUUACUGGCAUAUUAAAACCUCAGGUGAAAUGAUGGGCAUCACAGUGCAAGGAACUGUUGAAAGUAAUAUGACUGUAUUAUUGGUGCUGUGAUCAUUAAAAGUGGUUUUCUCUACUCUUGACAUGAGUACAUUUUACUGUAUGUACAAAUUAUGCUGUAUGUAUAUGUAAAUGUGCUGUAGAUAUAUGCUUCAUGAUUGAUUUAUUAUUGUCAUAUACUCUGUUGCAGUAAUAAAAUAUGAGGUUAAUUUGUUUUAAAAAAGUACAUGAAAAGUAAAAAUAUUAAAUAAAUUCCAGUCAAUUAUUCAUUACGCUUGGGCAUAAUGGGGCCAUGUGAUUAUAAAUAUGAUGACGUCAUCAAAUUAGUAUCAAAGUUCUUUCUGUAUGUUAGUAAGCCUAUAACUUAGCAUAAAUCAAUGAUAAUUAAUAAAGCUGAUAUUAGAUUAAGUAAAGUUGUGCUAAUGUAAUGGAAUAACUACACGUAUACGACAAAUAGUAUAUGAUAAGGAAGGUACACUGAUGAGACUGAGAUCAGUGAUUUUUCGUCAGACAUAGCUGUCAGAAAAACAUUGCCAUGGCAAUGAAAAAAAUGAUAAACCUAAUCUUUUGGUAUAAAAUUAUAGCCUAUUAAAUUUUAGGAAAAGUCACGGUUUCAUAGUCAUAGCGUAAAGCUAAGGAAUUAUUAUCUGGAUAGGGUUGGGGCGUUAAGCCCCUUUUCCUGGUUGUCUGCAAAGAAAUACUGUCAUUUCGAUGUUUAGUUAACACCCUACUGCUGCCUGUUACUUAGCAAAUGUGGAUUGUCUUGGCCUGCUUUGGAAUGCAUUGUCUUCACUGGUAUUCCAUAGUAAGUUUUGGAGCGAAAUAUGGUUUCUGCAUGUUUAAUUUGCCAUUUUGUAAAGGAAUUUGUUUCUGUUGAUUUCAAAUGCUGGAUCUUCUAACCUACGCGGUAUGGAUGUUUUUUUUUACUUGAUACAUUGAUGUGGCUGGUAAUAUCAUGCUGAAGCACUGGCUGCUCAAAUCGAGAGUCUUCAUCAUAACUGACACUGAAGCUCAAUUUGAACAAUUCAUCAACCAACCACAGUGAACUGAAACCACUGUCACCCAAAUGGCACAGGUUAUUUUCUUUAACAGGCAGCUGUUCUCCUGUGCUGUACUGUACAUGCAGCACUGCCACUGGAGCAUCAUCAGGUGGGGA